AUGUCUACGAACACAACAAUUGCAGCAGACGCGCAUAUGAAUUUAGAGCAAAUGCAAGACGAAUUAAAACGAUUAGAAAAUGAAAACAGGAUUGUCAAAGAUGAACUACAGACUGCUGAAGAUCGAAUAAAAGAACUCAAGCAGAAAUCAAGAGAUCAUGAAGCAGAAAUCCGUCGUCUCGAUGAGCAAAUCAAGCAACUCAACGCUGACAUAGAAAGACUCGAAAAAGAACUCGAAGAUUUGCGUGAUGAACAAGCCCGCCUACAAGAACAGCGCCGUCAGCAACAAGUAGAACAUGAUCGUCUUGAGCAACAACUUCAACAAGAAACAGACCGUCUACAAGAACUUCAACGACAACUCAGAGAUCUCCAAGAACAAAAACGAGAUCUCGAAGAAAAACGUGAACAGCUAGAAAACCGCAAACAACAGCUAGAACAAGAGAUACAACGAAUCGAAGCACAAAUUGCUCAUCUUGAACAACAAAUACAGGAUUUACAGAAUCGUCUUCAACAGUUAAAUGAAGAGAUACGGCGAAUCGAAGAAGAGAUCAAUCGUCUAGAAGAUGAAAUCAAAGAUUUACAAAAUCGAAUUGUAACACUCGAAAGACAAAAGGAACAAAUCGAACAACAAAUCCGUGAAAAUGAAAUCAAACGUGACGCAAACGAAGCGGAGCAACGAAAGAUCGAAGAUCUUAAACGACGAAUUACACAUCUGAUUAAUUUGAAGAGAAAUCACAUUGAACAACUGAAACAACUACAAACGAAGUUGGAAACGGAAAAAAAUCAAGCGCAAGCAGCACUCAACCAGUCGAAAGCUGAAUUGCAAGCUGCUCAAGCCAAAAUGAAUCAAGCACAGAACGUUGUCAAUCAACUUCGCGAACGAUUGCGUGUACUGCAAGAUUUAAUACGAACUAUCGAGAGAGUAAUGCAACAACUCAAUGGCCAAAAAAGUCGAUUAGAGGGGCAACUACAAACUCAAAAAUGUCAACGAGCGGAACUUGAGAGAAAACGUGCAGAAAUAGAUGUGAAAUUGAAUGGGAAAAAAGCUGAAUUAGAAAAGGCUGAACAAGAACGAAAUCGACUUCAACAGAAUAUCACUCGACUUGAAAAUGAACUCAAAACUUUGCAAGACACACUUUCUUCGCUCACCAAACAGCGAGAUGAAUGUGCCAAACAACUUGACAAUGAGAAGAAGAAACAAGAACAACUCGAAAAAGAACUCAAAGAUGAACAGAACAAACAACGACAAGCAGAACAAGCUGUGCAAAAACAAGAGCAACAAGUGAGAAGUGAUGAAGCUGCUUUGCGGCAGGCUGAAGCCGAAGAAGCAGCUGCACGAACUGCCGAACAACAAGCACAAAUAGAAUUAGCAACAGCAAGGGCCGACUUAGCUACAGCUCAAGCUCAAUUAACGGCUGCUCUUGCUGCUCCACCACCAGUCAAUACAGGCACGGUCGCAGCAGCUAAAGCAAGAGUUACCACCUGUCAGGGCCAAUUAACAAUGAAGAAUGCUAACCAUCAAAUGAAGAAGAAAACUGAACUUGAAAGCCAAAAACAACGUGUCAAUGCCAAGAAAACGGCACUUGAUCAACAGAAAACAGCAGUGACAGCAACCAAAAAUAAACUCGAGAAAUUGAAACAAGAUUGCUCACAAGCAAAGAAGAAUGUCGACGACAAACAAAGAGCUGUGAACGACGAGAAAAAGAAAUUAGAAACACAGAACAAAACAUGUGAAAACUUGAAAGUGGAAGUCAAUCAACUCGAUACAGCAUUGAAAGAUUUGGUUCAGCGUGUGCAAAAUCAAGAUCAGAUGAUCAAACAAUCAGAAACUCAGCUACAAAAUACUCAAGCUCAAUUAGCCAGUCAAGAAGCACAACUUGGACAGCAGAAAACGCAAGAAACAACAGUUACAGAAGAAUGUAACAAAAACAUGGCUGAAGUACAACGGCAAGCAGAAUUCAUUCGAAGUAAACAAAGCGAAGUAACACGAUUGGAAAAUCAUCUGCAGAAUGUUCAAUCGAAUAUCGACAUGUUGAAUAAAUCUAUUCCUGAACUUGAGAAUGACCUUGCUCAACAAGAUCAAAACCUACGCGAUGCUCAAACGGCAAUGCGAAAACUUGAAGCUGAACAUUCCAAACUCGCAACGAACAGAGCAGAAAAAGAACGUGAAAAACAACAAGCUGAACGAGAUAUUACAGCACUCAAUCGAGAUAUUAAGCGACAACGUGCAACACUAGCUGAACGAGAACGCGCUAAAGGAAGCCUGGAAGCUGAAGUCAAUGGUAAAAAAUCUGAACUGGUGGCGAAACAAGCACAGAAACUUGCUCGUGAAAAUCAGUUGCGUGCUGUUGAAGAUCAACUUCUUGCUAAUAAAAACGCGAUUAGAAGUGUGGAAAAUAAAAUGCGUGAUACAGAAAGACAAAUACAUGAUCAAACCUCUCUACAACAAGAAACAAAGCGUCGUUUUGAUGAUGUAACAGUACAGUUGAGCAACACCCAACGUGAUCUCGAUCGAUUGACUCGACAAAUAAACGACAAGAACACCGUUUAUGAAAGAAGAAAACGAGCAGGAAAUGAUUUACAAGCUCAAUGUGAAACACGCCGCGCAGCACAGCUGGCUGUUGAUAACGAAGUAUCAGAACUUGAAUCAACGCUGGUGAGUCGUCGAGCGAAAGUAGCUCGAACAGGACGAAAUGUUCACGGUGCAAAAGAAAAGAUCGAACGAAACCAAUCGGAAGCGACGAGGAUUAGUACAACUGUUUCACAGCAUGAUGAACGUUUUGAACGUCUAGAUGACGAAGAAUAUAUGCGUCAGCAAAAUCAACAACAACACUAUGCGUAUGGCUAA